AUGAAGUCCGCUUCAUGUUUUGUGGCAAUAAUUCUCUUCGGACCACUCGUCGUCACAUCAGAAAAUAUCCAACCAAAUCAAGCGAAACCAGGACUGCACGACAUACUGCUGAAAACAGUACACGACACGGCUAGCUACCUGGGAUUUGGUGUGAAAUGUCGUAAUGGAGGACACAAAACCGAGGAUAACACGUGUAUCUGCCCGAAAGAUCGAUUCAGGGGGAAAGAGUGUGAACAAAGAAUAUGUAUAAAUGAUGGAAAAUUGGAGAAAGUGACUGUUCCAACUGUUCACCACGUCUGUAAAUGUCCUCAUCCAGAGUUUAUUUCUGGUGAACAUUGUGAAAAAGUUCGAUGCGCGAAUUAUGGAGAAGUUGUCACAUCGAAAACGAAUGGAACGUGGCGAUGCGAUUGUAAAGGAUCGAGAUUCUAUAAAGGAGAAUUCUGUGAGAAAUUCGCAAUUUCUUCUGGAUGGAUUAUGUUGAUUGCUUGUUUUGGAGUAUUUAUCAUUGUUGCAUUCAUUUGUUCCUCUAAUUGGUUCAGUAGAAAUCGAGCUCAUAGAAGGUACCCAGUGAAUCGAAUACCUCCACCAGGCCACCACCAAUCUUCAUCAUCUGGACAUCGUUCUGCUUCUCGUGAUGCCUCUGGUCGACGGAUAAAUUCAUCAUCCCAGAAUCCACGUACCGCACACAGAUCUUCGUCUUCCGAUGACUUGAUUUCAAGUGAAAGAGGAGCUCAUCGACGCACGACAGCCUUCCCGCAAGGAGGAAUCACUGGUCAGUAUGUGGUACGGUUGGACACAAUCCCGACAUUCAAUCCUACUAUGAUUGGUGGCGUUGAACCAAUAAAUCCAUCGGAUCAACCCGUCGGUCCACCUCCAAGUUAUGAUCAAGCGAUGUCUUCAAUUCGAGCGGAUCCUCCGAGUUACACGCCGACCGCAGCGAAGAACGACUCCUAG